AUGGUAGAAGCAUGCGAUCCCACCCCUGCGACAGAACUCUCCAAUGCUGAGCGAUUCAAAGCUACACACCUCGCCGCGCGCCAUGGCAACUACCACCAAUAUUACUCCAAGUUCCGAGCACCCACCGUUCCGGACGAGCGUCUUUCAAUUCUCCCCUCAGAAAUGCUCCGCAAUGCGCGAGUUUUAGACUUGGGCUGCAACGCGGGCAAACUGACCCACGAGGUGAUGGCGCACUGCGGCGCAGCCGCCUCAGUCGGUGUCGAUAUCGACCCCUGGCUGAUCGAGCAGGCGAAAGCGGCCUACCCAGACGGGCCAUGCACAUUUGAGCACUUUGACUUCAUGCAUGCGUCCGCGUAUAUGGGUACCGCGCUGGGCAAAUUUGAUGUUGUCCUACUGCUCUCUGUGACCAAAUGGAUCCAUCUCAACAACGGGGACUCUGCGAUGUUGACGCUGUUCGAGCACAUACACAGUAUAUUGAAUCAGGGGGGUUAUCUCGUUGUGGAGCCGCAGCCUAUGAGCAAUUAUGCGAGAGCUUCAAAGAGGAAUAAAGAGUUGAGAGAAAUGUAUAAGACGAUACAAAUCAGGCCACCGUUUGAGGAUGAGCUGAAAGCGCAGGGAUUUGAGAGGAUAAUGCAAGUUGAGAGGGACGAGGAAGGGUUUGCUAGGCCCGUACAUGUUUGGAAAAAAAAGUGA